AUGGAAGUCCCUGAAAGUCGAAGAUGGAUGUACAAUAGAAUAGAUCCUAGUACUAAAUGGGUUACAGUAGAUUUUGAGCGAGGUGUCGAGGAGUUUCUCGCUUAUGCAUUUCGAUCACCUUAUACUCAACAAUCAGGAAAGCUUAGGUGUCCGUGUGUGAAAUGUAGAUGUAGGCCAUAUCUAAUUCUUGAUGAGGUGAAGACACACAUUUAUAAAUAUGGAUACAUGCCGAAAUAUUAUAUAUGGACAAAUCAUGGUGAGAGAAACAUAGAAUAUCAUUCACCCAUGUCUUCAACAGAAGGUACCUUACAUGCCUCACAUGGAGUACUUGGUAACCAACCAAGUCAAUAUGAGACAUUGGUGAUGGAUGCAGCUGGGCCAAGUUUUAGAGAUGACUAUAAUGAAGGUGUUGAAGAGAUGCCAAAUCCUAAUGCACAAGCAUUUUACGACAUGCUACGUGCUGCCCAACAACCUUUGUGGGAAGGAUGUGAAGAGGAAUCUCAACUUUCAGCAGCUUUGCAGUUAUUAUGUAUUAAGGCAGCAACUAAUAUGUCACAACAAGGGUACAACUUAAUUUCACAACUCAUGAAGAGGACACAGCCUAAAGACAAUCAUAUGCUUACAGAUUUAUACCAAACAAAGAAGUUGGUAUCCAAGCUAGGUCUUUCCUAUAAGAAGAUUGAUUGUUGUGUGAAUGGGUGUAUGUUAUAUUAUAAACAUAAUGAUAGUGCAACUCAAUGUAAGUUUUGUUGUGAGGAAAGAUAUUCUUCUAAAAAGUUUCAUGGAAGAAAAAAGAAAGUUGCAAGGAAGCAAUUAUGGUUCUUACCUCUCAUUCCAAGAUUACAAAGAUUAUUUGCUUCUCAAAAAAGGGCAAAGGAAAUGAGAUGGCACUAUGAGCAUAAUCAAGGUUCCAAUGUCCUUUCUCAUCCCUCUGAUAGCCAGGCAUGGAAGGUUUUAGAUAUUGCAUACCCAGACUUUGCGUAUGAUCCAAGAAACGUGAGGCUUGGGUUAUGUGCUGAUGGGUUUACGCCAUUUGGGCAAUCUGGGAGACAAUAUUCUUGUUGGCCUGUGAUUAUUACUCCAUAUAAUCUACCACCCGAACUGUGCAUGACACGAGAAUAUAUGUUCUUAACAUUGAUCGUCCCUGGUCCUAAUAAUCCCAAAGGAAAAAUAGAUGUGUAUUUACAGCCAUUGGUAGAUGAAUUAAAAUUAUUAUGGGAUGAGGGGGUAUCAACGUAUGAUGCCUCAUUGAAACAAAACUUUUGUAUGCGUGCUGCACUAUUGUGGACAAUCAAUGACUUUCCUGCUUAUAGUAUGUUGUCUGGUUGGACAACAAUGGGGAAAUUAUCAUGUCCUAUAUGUAUGGAGAAUUCAAAAGCAUUCCAACUGAAGCAUGGGAGAAAAACAUCUUUCUUUGAUUGUCACCGUCAAUUCCUUCCUGGUGAUCACCAAUUUAGGAGAAAUAAAACCUCAUUUUACAAAAACAGAGUUGAGAAAUCAAUGCCUCCACGUCGGUUAAGUGGAGAGGAAGUUUGGGAAAGAGUACGAAAUUUGCCAAAGGUCAUUGAUUAUGGAAAAACUAUACCAAUUGAAGGCUACAACGAGGCACAUCAUUGGACAAAACAAAGUAUAUUUUGGGAAUUGCCGUACUGGAAAAGUAAUCUCAUUCGGCAUAAUCUUGAUGUCAUGCACAUUGAGAAAAAUGUUUUUGACAAUUUGUUUCAUACUGUCAUGGACACAAAAGGGAAAACAAAAGAUAAUACACAAGCUCGAAUGGACUUGAGAGAAUAUUGUCGACGGAUUGAUGAUGAACUUGUUGAAAGAAGAGGGAAAAUGGUGAAACCAAGUGCAAAAUAUUCUUUGAAUUUAGAACAAAAACGAGCAAUUUGUCAGUGGGUAAAGAAGUUGAAGCUCCCAGAUGGAUAUGCAUCUAAUCUAGCCCGAUGUGUUGACAUGAAAGAAGCAAAGUUGUACGGAAUGAAGAGCCAUGAUUGUCAUGUUUUUAUGGAACGCCUGCUUCCCAUUGCUUUUGCUACUUUACCUGAGGUUGUCUUGAAUCCUAUAGUGGAGCUUAGUCAAUUCUUUAAACAACUUUGUUCCACCACGGUGAUGAUAGAUCAACUAGAUUUGCUAGAAAAAAUAUAUUGUAAUCACAUUGUGCAAGUUAGAAAAGGUUUUUCCCCCAGGGUUUUUUGA